AUGCAUACAGAUAAAGUUGUUUUCGACCCAAAGAAAAGGUCCAUUGCUGGUGGAGGAUUAAGUCUUAACAAGAAGGAACCAGGUAGCCUUCAUAAUACUACAAGAGAAGCUCUAAUCUGCUUUCGAGUUAUGGGAUUUCUACCUUUGACGGGAUUAACCAAUCGAUCUAGUGAUAAAGUAAGGUAUACCCUUAGGUCGCCAUAUACUAUAUAUUAUGCAUUCAGCAUAUUUGGACAAAUACUGAUGUGCCUCGCUACAAUAUUUCAAAUAUAUCAGAAGAGAGUACAGCUGGGAAAUUUUACAAAUUUUAUAUUCUGCGUUUCAAAUUUAGCAGCAGCCUUGAUCCUAGCCAAAACCAGUUACAGCUGGCCAACGAUAAUGAAAACAUUUGAGAAAAUAGAAAACCAACUGCCUUAUUUCAGAAGAAGCUUUAGAACUACUGUAACUUUGGCUACGGCGUUUAUGAUCACAAUUAGUGCAGGUAAAACUUUUAACUAA